AUGGCUGACCUCAAGCUCUACUUCACACCAGCACUGCUGCUCCUUGUCCUCACCUGCCCUCUGUGGCAGGUUGGCCACUUAUCACCAGUGCCGCUGAUGCAUAACACGCCGAUAACAGACUCUUGUGUUUUUUAUGCAAAGUCACUUCUGUGGAAUAUCACUGACACCCUCAAACAGAACAACCUGUUCAAUGGAUUCACAUGCACCGAGCAGAAUGUAGAGCUGAACAUGGAAACCAGGACACCGUCACUAUGUGCACCAAAGAUAUCGGCAUGCUCUGGAGUUACUGAAUCAGAAUUUGAUCAGGACUCUUGUUUGACAAACAUUGGGAAGGAUCUCAUUUACUACCACAACUUUCUAACAGCACAGCCAGAUCCUGAGCGUUUACUCAGUCCAACUGUUCUGUUCAGCCUCCGAGAGCUCAUGGAGAACUGCUUCGCCUGGACUCUGUCCAAGGAUGUUCCCUUACAGCAGGUGACUCCAGACCGUGAACGCACCUACGACGAGAGACUCAACCUCUGCAAAGUGCUGAAAGGCUUCCAAGUCCGCACCAUUACCAUCAACAGAGCCAUUGGAUACAUCAGCUCCGGGGAACACAGUUCAUGA